AUGGGGCAAGCUUCUGCAGUUGUAACCGCGGUGGUUGGUCUCCUCUGCGCGGCAGCGAUGGUUCAGGAAUUCCCAGCCACUCACGCACCGAAUUGUGAUGUCCCUUCACCAGAAGGCUUUGAGCCAGGAUGCGAGCCGGGGAACGCGUGUGUCCAGCCAUGCUACAGGGUUUCUUGCCAACUCAAAGGCCUACGUUUUAUUACCAGGGACUGCCGCCAGCAGACGGUCAAUGUAUGGAUCGAAGUCUUGUCGGUGAAACGCUCACCCACAGUGUGUGACGGAGAGCUGUUGGAAGUGUUUCCUCCGGAGAAACAAUUUUCUGGCUCUUUUUCCAUUACGCCGAUCGCAAAUCAUGGAAGGGACGUUCCUUGUGGCAAUCUUCCAGGGGAGUCGUGCGGAUAG